ACAGACACUCCAUUAAAUCACCACUUCACUUUACUCUCUCUAUCUCUAUCUACCUUCACUUCCAUUCCCAAUCCAAUCAAAACCAAAUCAAAUCACAAACCCUUACCCAACCCACCCAUUUUGCCCCAAAAAAUGAGUAUGUACGGCAGAGAUCCAUGGGGCGGCCCAUUAGAAAUACACACAGCAGAUUCAGCAACAACAGAUGAUGACAGAAGCAGACACAUGAAUGAUUUCGACAAGGCUGCUCUGUCUCAAAGAUUAGACGAGACACAACAGAGCUGGCUGUUGGGUCCAAGGGAACAGAAAAAGAAAAGAUAUGUGGAUCUUGGUUGUAUUGUUGUUUCUAGAAAGAUCUUUGUUUGGACUGUUGGCAUCCUUUUGGCUGCUGGUUUUAUUGCUGGUCUUGUUACUUUGAUUGUCAAAACUGUCCCCAAAGAUCAUAAACAUACGCCGAAACCCGAUAAUUAUACCCAGGCUCUUCAGAAAGCUCUCUUGUUUUUUAAUGCCCAAAAAUCUGGAAGGCUCCCGAAGCAUAAUAAUAUUUCAUGGAGGGGUAACUCUUGUUUGAAUGAUGGAAAGGCAGACAAAUCUGGAGCCGUAUUGAAAGAUCUAGUGGGCGGAUAUUAUGAUGCUGGAGAUGCAAUAAAGUUCCAUUUCCCUAAAGCUUUUGCCAUGACAAUGUUGAGUUGGAGUGUGAUUGAAUACAGUGCUAAAUAUGAAGCGGCAGGAGAGCUCAAUCAUGUUAAAGAGAUUAUUAAAUGGGGAACUGAUUACUUCCUCAAGACCUUCAAUUCUACCGCAGAUACCAUAAACCAGAUUGUAGCUCAGGUUGGAAAAGGUGAUACUUCAGGUGGAACAGGUGAUCCCAAUGAUCAUACUUGUUGGAUGCGACCUGAGGACAUUGAUUACCCUCGCCCUGUAACUGAAUGCUCUAGUUGCUCAGACCUUGCUGCAGAGAUGGCUGCUGCUUUAGCUUCCGCAUCCAUUGUUUUCAAGGACAAUAAGGUUUAUUCCAAGAAACUUGUGCAUGGUGCUGCAACUCUUUGGAAGUUUGCUAGGGAUCAACGUGGAUCAUAUAGUGCUGGUGGAUCAGAUGCUGCAACAUUUUAUAACUCCACUAUGUAUUGGGACGAGUUUGUCUGGGGUGGAGCUUGGAUGUAUUAUGCAACGGGUAACCAGUCUUAUCUUUACCUUGCUAGUCACCCCAAACUCGCUAAACAUGCCGGUGCUUUCUGGGGUGGGCCUGACUACGGUGUUCUUAGCUGGGACAAUAAGCUUACUGGAGCUCAAGUACUACUCACAAGAUUGAGAUUGUUUCUUAGCCCUGGUUAUCCAUAUGAAGAAACAUUGAAAACAUUUCACAACCAAACAAGCAUCAUCAUGUGCUCCUACCUUCCAUACUUCAAUAGUUUCAACAGAACAAGAGGUGGAUUGAUCCAAUUAAACCACGGUAGACCCCAGCCUCUGCAGUAUGUUGUCAAUGCAGCAUUCUUGGCUACCCUUUAUAGUGACUAUCUUGAUGCUGCUGACACUCCCGGGUGGUAUUGUGGACCCAAUUUCUAUUCGACCAACGAGCUGCGUAAAUUUGCAGAAACUCAGAUUGACUACAUUCUUGGUAAGAACCCAAGAAAGAUGAGUUAUGUUGUGGGUUAUGGUGAUCACUACCCAAAGCAUGUCCACCAUAGAGGUGCAUCAAUACCCAAGAAUAAAAUCAGGUAUAACUGUAAAGGAGGGUAUAAAUGGAGGGACUCCAAAAAACCAAACCCCCACGUUAUCACCGGGGCAAUGGUUGCAGGGCCAGACAGGCGUGAUGGUUUCCAUGAUGUGCGCACAAACUACAAUUAUACAGAGCCAACUUUAGCUGGAAAUGCUGGUUUAGUUGCAGCCCUGGUUGCCCUUUCAGGUGACAGAACGACAAAGAUUGAUAAAAACACGAUUUUUUCGGCAGUGCCACCAAUGUUUCCCACUCCACCACCACCACCAGCUCCAUGGAAACCUUAAGAUUUUGAAUGCUUCUAUAGAUUAUACUACUAUCCCGGUGGUUCUAAAAAGCAGAACGGUAAAUUAACACAAAAAUGGGAUAUAUCUUUGAUGGAUAAAGAGUUAGUGCCUUAGUGGCGAUUGGAAUGACGUUAUAACUAUAGAUGAUCUGCACGUAUCGUAUGUAUGUAAACUUAAACAGUUCAAAUAUCUUUCGAAACUAUGAAUGAAAUUCUUUGAUCUGUCCGUAUCUUAUGUAUGUAAACUUAAACAGGUCAAAUAUCUUUCGAAACUAUGAAUGAAAUUCUUUUGUUUU